GCUGGGGCCAGGAAGUGGAGCCCGCGCCGCAGAGGCUGUGCGGACACCAUGGCUAAGUACCUGGCCCAGAUCAUUGUGAUGGGGGUGCAGGUGGUAGGCAGGGCCUUCGCCCGGGCCUUGUGGCAGGAAUUUGCAGCAGGCCGGGCAGCAGCUGAUGCCCAGGGACAUGCUAGACACCAGUCUGCAGCUGCAUCCAACCUCUCUGGCCUCAGCCUCCAGGAGGCACAGCAGAUUCUCAACAUCUCCAAGCUGAGCCCUGAGGAGAUACAGAAGAACUAUGAACACUUGUUUAAGGUGAAUGACAAAUCUGUGGGUGGCUCCUUCUCGGACCACCAUGGAAGGAGCAUGGUGGUCCGCGCAAAGGAGCGCCUGGAUGAGGAGCUCAGAAUCCAGGCCCAGGAAGAUAGAGAGAAAGGGCAGACACCCAAAACGUGACUGCUCGGCUCCCCCCACCCCACCCUGCCACCUCUAAUUUAUAGCUUGGUAAUAAACGUCUGUUCUGCA